UAGAAUUCAACUCUUCGACUCUGAACCGACUCCCCGACCUAGCAUGCGCCAUUUUAGCGCGCCACAGUCAUCCGGCAAGAUGGCGCUCUCGCUUUGUGUUCUCACAUCGCCAUACAAUCAGUAUUAACAUUCGCUAACAUCAAAUCUUUAUAAAGUCUAGUUUUAUCGUUUCUGUAUCAGACACCGGAGAGGAAUGUGAACUGGUUUGUGCGGAUAAGCUGCUAGAAACGGGAUUUGAGCAGAUCCAGCGACCCGACUGCAGUGGUGUUGAAACUUCAUGAGUUCCUGGAUCGCUCUCCAGACAAACAAACUGCUUCAUUCCAAGUUCAUGAAAUCUCCAGUGGUUAAAUGGCCUCCAGUGACUCAAACACCGCUGAUCAAGUGAUGGAAAAGCCUGGCUGUUCGAGCGAAGUUAUGAAGGCCAGCUCACGCUCAAAGAGGAAACCUGCCGUGGUGACCAAGCACACGGUGUUAGAGGAGGUGGAAAUCUCAUCCGCGAGCGAACAGGAGCAGGAAUGCAUCGAUGAGAGUAAUAACGAUGGCACUUUAGACAUGGAUGCAUUACCUGAAGACGUGGUGGUGGUGGAGCCAGAACCCGUCAGCAAUGAAGGAAAGGAUGAAUUCAAGGGCCCGGAGUUCCGUAACAAAGGGGGGAAUAAAGGGAAGGAUGAGACUCCACGGAGGCGUCCUGACGAGCACCUUCAAGAGAUCGUAAAUUGCACCGCGUGCGGCCAACAGGUCAAUCAUUUCCAGAGAGAUUCGGUCCAUCAGCAUCCUGCACUCAAAGUUCUUAUCUGUAAGUCGUGUUUUAAGUAUUACAUGAGCGACGACAUCGGAAAGGAUGAAGACGGAAUGGAUGAACAGUGCAGGUGGUGUGCAGAGGGAGGAAACCUCAUGUGCUGCGACUUCUGCAGCAAUGCUUUCUGCAAAAAAUGCAUCCUGCGUAACCUCGGAAGGAAGGAGCUGUCCUCCAUCAUGAACGAGGACAGCAAGUGGCACUGCUACGUGUGCAAGCCCGAGCCGCUCAAAGACUUCGUGGGUCACUGCGAGAAGGUCCUGCAGAAUCUGGAGAACAUGAGGAAGGUGAAGACGGACGGAGAGAAGGCGAGACGGGAGAGUUCGAAGCACAAGCCCGGGAAGACUCAGAGCGUAGCCCUGAACGGGAAGGAUCACAGUUUGGAGGGCUCGGGAUCAGGAUCAGGAUCGGGGUCUCUGACUUUCUCCUGCAAGACGUUAGAGGUCCCGAAAGAGCUGGUGAAAAAGACGAAGAAGCUGAUCGAGACGACGAACGGCCUGAACAGCACGUUCGUCCAGUUCAUCCAGCAGGCUCCGGUCUACAGCGGGGAGAACACCGUCCGGCUCAGGCACCUGAAGGCCUUCAGGUCCGUUCUGGCCGACCUCAAGAAGGCCCACGCGUCCCUGGAGGAGGCGCUGGAGGUGGAAUUUAAAGAGGUGGAGAUGCAGAACGGAUCGACGGAGAGUCAAAUCAAAGAGGACGCCGCCUCUAACGCGACUCCUGUGGAGCAAGACCAAAGCGCUAAAGACGAGGAGGGUGAAGAUGACGCGACAGAUAACGUUCCAGCAGCUCCAGAUCGUGAAGACAAGGAGGACGAGGUUCCGGCUGAUGUAGAAAUGACCGAUAAGGCUAAUUCCACGCCAGUGACCGCACAGCACAAGUCGGUAGAAAGUGACACCAAAGCCGUAGUCAUCAAGCAGGAGGUCGAAACCCCGUGUGAGGAUGGUGAUGGCGAAGCUCCAGUGGAUGAAGCGUCUCUCGACAAGGAUAUCAUGUCCGUUCCACCCUCCGUUCCCGAUGAACUCUUCGAGAUGGUUGAAAGUCUUUCAGACUGCGUAAAGCAAGAAGAAGAAGCCGAAUCGGCCGAGUCCAGCGAUACUAACGCGAAUCAGACCGGCAGAAAGUCUGCAAAAGCGAAUAAAAAACUCGUCGUGAAGCUAACCCCAGUUCCUCUUAAAAUCACCAUCAAGAAGGACGGAAAAUCCACCACGCCCCCGCAGAAAGAGAAAGACGACGCCCUGUCACCGGACGAGAGCAGACGAUCGCCCAGGAUGAAGACCACACCCCUGCGCAAAUCGUCUGAAAAGCAAAGCAAAAGCAAGUCCAAAAAAGCCGUGGCGGACGACGACGAAGGAGAAGGCGGCUCCAAGGACGAAGAAGGCGGCGCCAAGGACGGAGAAGUCGGCGCCAAGGACGGAGAAGGCGGCGCCAAGGACGUAGAAGGCGGCGCCAAGGACGAAGAAGGCGGCGCCAAGGACGAAGAAGGCGGCGCCAAGGACGAAGAAGGCGGGGCCAAGGACGACUCGGAUUCGGACGAAGUCCCCGAAGUCCUGCGCCAGACCGCGAACGCGGAGGCCGCCUCGGACGACCAGGACGCCGAGCCCAACGGGAACGCCACGGACGCCGCCGACGCCGCCGAAACCGACAAGAAGAAGCCUCAGCCGAAAAAGACCACCGCCAAGAGGAAGCUGAUCGAAAGCGCGAGCUCGUCCGAUUCGAACCGCGACGCCGCGAAGCCGUCGAGCAAGAAGAGAGCCGCCAAGAAGAGAAAGCCCAAAGGAUCGGACUCCUCGAAUCACGACUCCGACCUCGAGAAGGAGAUCAAGAGCCUGAGCAAGCUCAGCACCGCAAAGAGGUCGUCCAAAAGAAGCAAGAAGCGGGAGGACGACGGCGAGGAGGAAGACGAGAGCAAGAAGGAGGCCAGGAAAGGACCCAAGAGGUCGUUCGAGCGCAAACGGAGGUCACAGAGAGGUAAAGAGGACGCUAAGAAAGAUUCAUCGUCCAGCGACGAGGAGGAGCAGCAGGAGGCCGACUCGGGAGACGACAGUGGAGAUCAACAGAAGAUCAAGCCAAUCACUGAGGCUGCUCUGUCCGGCGUUGAUGCUUUCCAUCAGUCGUCAGGUGAUGAAGCUCAAGUCAAAGAGGAGCCCUCUCAGGUGGUCGAUGACGACGACGACCCGGAGAACAGAAUCGCGAAGAAGAUGCUGCUAGCCCAAAUCAAAGCCAAUUACUCGUCCGGAGACGAAUCCUCUUCCGGAGGUGACGACGCCAACGAUGAGGAAAAGCCUUCGUCGAAAGUGAAGAACGAAGAUGGCUCUGAUGAUGAAGGGAAAGACGAAGAGACGAGCUCAGACUCCGAAUCGGACGUGGAGGUGAAAGCGAAAGGACGGAGGCACAAGCUGCUCAGUAAGAAGCUGACGCUCAGCGAGGGCGACACGGACGACGAGAAACCGGCCAAAAGCAAGAAGGAAGGGAAGAGGAAAGGACGACGGAAAGUGAACAGCGACGACUCGGACGAUUCGGACUUCAAGCAGUCUGGCUCCGAUUCGAAGAGCGAGUCGGCGCUGAGUGAGGAGGUGAGCGAGGAGGACGAGGACGACAAGAGCAACAAGAGGAGAACGCGAUCCUCCAAAAAAGCGGACAAAGACCGGAGCUACCAGAAAGAGAAGAAGAAGAAGCGACGGCGGAUUAAAGUGCAAGACUCCUCCUCCGAUAACAAGAGCGGCGACGAAGCUGAAGAAGGUGAGAAGGGAGAGGGGGACGAUGAUGAUGAUAAGGGCACGCCGAAGAACCGCAAGAAGCUCCGCAAGAUCCUGAAGGACGACAAGCUGCGCUCGGAGACUCAGAACGCGCUGAAGGAGGAGGAGGAGAGACGGAUGCGCAUAGCAGAGAGAGAGCAGCUGAGAGAUAAGCUGCGAGAGACCAUCGUGGUGGAGGAGUCGUCACAAGUCGCCUGCCCUAUUACCACAAAGCUGGUGCUGGAUGAGGACGAGGAGACCAAGGAGCCGCUUCUUCAGGUCCACAGGAACCUGGUGACCAAGCUGAAACCUCAUCAAGUGGACGGUGUACAGUUCAUGUGGGAUUGCUGUUGUGAGUCUGUGAGGAAGACGGAGAAGUCAGCAGGUUCUGGCUGUAUUCUUGCACACUGUAUGGGUCUGGGAAAAACCCUUCAGGUGGUGACGUUCCUUCACACCAUCCUCCUGUGCGAGAAGGUCAACUUCUCCACGGCCCUUGUGGUGUGUCCUCUCAACACCGUCCUCAACUGGCUUAAUGAGUUCGAGAAGUGGCAGGAGGGCCUGAAGGAUGAUGAAAGUUUAGAGGUGACCGAGCUGGCCACGGUAAAGCGGCCUCAGGAGCGAGCACAAGCCCUACAGAGCUGGCAGGAAGACGGCGGCAUCAUGAUCAUCGGCUACGAGAUGUACCGUAACCUCACGCAGGGGCGCAACAUCAAGAGCAAAAAACUCAAAGAAAUUUUCCAGAAGUCUCUCGUUGACCCAGGUCCUGACUUCGUUAUUUGCGACGAGGGGCACAUCCUAAAGAACGAAGCCUCGGCCGUGUCCAAAGCCAUGAACUCCAUUAGAACCAGGCGACGGGUGGUGCUGACCGGAACACCGCUUCAGAACAACCUGAUUGAAUACCACUGCAUGGUGAAUUUCAUCAAGGAGAACCUACUGGGUUCAGUGAAGGAGUUCAGGAACCGAUUCAUCAACCCAAUCCAAAACGGCCAGUGCGCCGACUCCACGCCCACCGACGUGCGCAUCAUGAAGAAGCGUGCACACAUCCUGUACGAGAUGCUGGCGGGAUGCGUUCAGAGAAGAGACUACACAGCACUGACCAAAUUCCUCCCUCCGAAACACGAGUACGUGUUAGCGGUGCGGAUGUCUCCCAUACAGUGCAAGCUCUACAGAUUCUACCUGGAGCACUUUACAGGUGUGGGUUCUGCCUUGGAGGGGGGAAGAGGUAGAGCGGGCACGAAGCUCUUCCAGGACUUCCAGAUGUUGAGCAGAAUCUGGACCCAUCCUUGGUGUCUGCAGCUGGACUAUAUCAGUAAAGAAAACAAGGGCUACUUUGAUGAGGACAGCAUGGACGACUUCAUCGCCUCCGAGACCGAGGAGUCCUCGAUGAGCCUGACGUCCGAAGACGAGAAGCCCAAAAAGAAGAAGAAACGGGGGAAAGGCAAGGGUCAGAGCUCAGACAAGUCUGAUAGCGAUGAUGUGGAAGUGAUUAAAGAGUGGAACACCAGCUCACGUGGAGGAAACCCUGAGGGGCGGAACAGGGCCGAGCCUGUGGAGGAAGUUCGUACCAGCAGCUCGAACCCUGGCAGCCCGUCACCCGAGUGGUACAAGGAGUUUGUGACCGAAGCGGACGCCGAGAUUCUGGAGCACUCCAGCAAAAUAGGGCUGCUGUUCGAGAUUCUGCGGAUGGCUGAGGAUGUGGACGAUAAAGUUUUGGUGUUCAGUCAGUCGCUGAUUUCACUGGACCUCAUCGAGGAUUUCCUGGAGCUGGCCGGUAGAGCCAAAGAGGAGGGGAAGGAGUCUCCGUACAAAGGUGAAGGAAAAUGGUUCAGAAACAUCGACUAUUACCGCCUGGAUGGUUCCACCAACGCCUUGAUGAGGAAGAAAUGGGCUGAGGAAUUCAACGACAUGACCAACAUUCGGGGUCGUCUGUUCCUCAUUUCCACGAGAGCGGGAUCACUAGGGAUUAACCUGGUGGCAGCAAACCGGGUCAUUAUCUUUGAUGCCUCGUGGAACCCGUCGUACGACAUCCAGAGUAUCUUCAGGGUGUACCGCUUCGGCCAGGUCAAGACGGUCUUCGUGUACCGCUUCUUGGCGCAGGGAACCAUGGAGGAGAAGAUUUACGACCGGCAGGUGGCCAAGCAGUCGCUGUCCUUCAGAGUGGUCGACCAGCAGCAGAUCGAGCGCCACUUCACCAUGAACGAACUGACCGAACUGUACACCUUCGAGCCCGACCAGCUGGACGACCCGUCGGAAAAGAAAAGCAAGCGGGCUACGCCCAUGUUGCCCAAGGACCUGGUCCUGGCUGAGCUGCUCCAGAGCUUCAAAGGUCAUAUCGUGGGCUACCACGAGCACGAUUCCCUGCUGGACCACAAGGAGGAGGAGGCUCUGAGCGAGGAGGAACGGAAGGUGGCCUGGGCCGAAUACGAGGCCGAGAAAAAGGGUCUCUCCAUGCGCGUCAACCAGCAGUCGUACUCCUCUGCAAAUUACGGAGCAGCCAACUACUUCCCCUUCAACGUGGCUGCGCUGGCCUCUAUGUCCAACCAGCAGCUGGAGGAUCUGAUCAACCAGGGCCGACAGAAGGUGCUGGAGGCCACCAAUGCUCUGAAGAUCGUGCCCAGAGAGUCCUUUGAGGACAUUAUCCAACAACUGUGGAAGGACAACCCCAACAUGACCGAGGCCCAGGUGCAGGGCAUUGCUCUGGCCCAGAAGGAUGCCAUCGAUAUGGAGCUCAAACACAGAGAGGCUGUGUACCGAGAUAUCCUCAACAAGCAGCAGAUGCUGAUGAUGUACGUGCAGAAGGUGCUGACCAACCGCAAGGCGCAGGAGCAGCAGCUGGCGCAGGCCAGACAGGCCAUGCUGAUCAACCAGCUCGCCAUGCAGAACGGCAGCCUGGGUCAGAUAGAUCUGCUGGGCCUGUACCACCAACAGCUGAACGCCCUCGGAGCUCUGCCAAACACCACAAUGGGCAAGAACCCCGGGCCCUCCAAGGGCCUGUAGAGAGCCUGUACUACUGCCUCUCUUUGUUUUUGUUUUUGUUUUGUUUUUGUUUUUGCUUUCCUCUGUGCAUCUGGGCAUCCAAAAAAAAAGCCAGCUCGGACUCGGUCGAGCCGAACGGUGCGGAGGACUUUACGGCAAAGUGUUGUAGGCAGGGCGCUUUGUAAUUCUGUACAUAUAGCCUUAGUGUUAACUGAGUUUUUUUUUCUUCUUCUUCUUCUUCUUCACAUAUUUAAAAUGUUCUCCCAGAAAAUGCUUUUAAGCAUUGCAUUGUUGGUUUCCCCUUAAAUAAGGGCUGUGCAUUUUUUUUAUACGACUCGAGAUGAAAUUAACUGUGGACCAUAGUGUUGCUCAUUUGUAUGUUUUAAGUGAUUUAGAAGAAGAAUUUAUCUUAUUAGGUACUACGUGACGUCUGUCUGGUGGAUGCUCAGUGGUGCUCGACCGGCGCCCCUAUCAACACCUUAAACAACGAAAACACCUUAAAAAAACCGAUGCAGUGAUGGCCUUACGUCCACUCGAAUUUUCCUUUUCACACACGGAACAGUAUCUGGUUUUCUAAAACGGCUUUUAGGCUUUUACACUCGUCGUUGCUUCUCUUGUAAUGGAAUGCCCGUGUUGUUAGACCCGCCCGCACUUUUGUAUCUUCCCAUUUCUUGUCGUAAAGUGUUGCCUAGCGUAGUCUCGUACCGUUUUCCUUUCACUCGUUUCGGCGGGCGCUCGUUUUCCCGAGUUGCGCUCGUGUCCGCACACUUCUGAAGGUCAGGAGGAUGGGUGGUGCGCCUGUCCGGCAAAGCUAACCGACCGCGCUAGGCGACGUGUAUCCUGCGCGGCGAUAGAUACAGAAGCUACUCUAGGAGACCCUAGGUCGCACAGGGUGUAUUUCACGAACGUAGAUGAACUCUUCUGCCUCCUGACGAUAUUCUCAUGUUAGCAAAUAUAUAUUCCAACUUGUUUUUUGCCAUUUAUCUGAUCUGCUGUUUACUAGAAUACGUAUUUAAUAUUACAUUUAAAUAAAGUGACCAAAAAGGUGA